AACGCACGCUUGACGAAGGAGGUCCUAGGGGCGCCCAAGUAGGGCCUUGCCUUUGUGGUUGUAGAAAGAGAAGAUGGCUCCCGUUCUGGAGAAACAGCUCCUGGGCGCAGCUGGGGCAGGCGACAAUAACAACGAAGAUGAAGAAGGACAAAGCCUUUGGACCUCAAUACUGAGUGAAGUGUCAACCCGUUCAAGUUCCAAGUUACCAUCGGGGAAAAAUAUACUGGUAUUUGGUGAGGAUGGAUCAGGAAAGACGUCAAUCAUGGCAAAACUCCAAGGAGCUGAUCACAGCAAGAAAGGACGGGGGUUGGAGUACCUGUACUUAAAUGUUCAUGAUGAGGACAUAGACGACCUUACUCGGUGUAAUGUGUGGAUUCUGGAUGGAGACCUAUACCACAAAGGCCUACUUAAGUUUGCUGUAUCAGCUCAGACAUUAGCUGAUAGCCUAGCUGUGUUUGUUGUGGAUAUGUCUCGGCCCUGGACCAUUAUGGAGUCCCUACAGAAGUGGGCCAGUGUUUUACGUGACCAUGUGGACAAACUCAAGGUUCCUCCUGAGGAGAUGAGAGAAAUGGAGCAGAAGAUGGUGAAGGCGUUCCAAGAGUACACAGAACCAGAAGAAGUCACCCCGGCCUCUCCGCAGAGACGGGCCCAGACAGCAGGAGAAGACGAGAGCGUUGUGCUACCACUUAGCGACAACACACUCACACACAACCUGGGCAUUCCAGUGCUAAUAGUUUGCACAAAGUGUGAUGCAGUCAGCCUAUUAGAGAAGGAGCUUGACUACAGAGAGGAGCACUUUGACUUCAUCCAGUCCCACCUCAGGCGAUUUGGCUUACAGUAUGGAGCUGGCCUGAUCUACACCUCAGUGAAAGAGGAGAAGAAUCUGGAUCUGCUUUAUAAAUACAUAGUGCAUAAAAUGUAUGACUUCCAGUUCUCCACACCUGCCUUAGUGGUGGAGAAGGAUGCAGUGUUCAUUCCAUCUGGGUGGGAUAAUGAGAAGAAAAUUGCAAUUUUGUAUGAAAACUUUACAACAGUCACACCUGAGGAUCCAUUUGAAGAUCUCAUCAUACAGCCUCCAGUACGGAAGCUCGUUCAUGACAAAGAGAUAAGUGCCGAGGACGAGCAAGUGUUCCUGAUGAAGCAACAGUCUUUGUUAGCUAAGCAACCGGCCACACCAACAAGAGGAGCAACGGAGUCUCCAGGACGGACAGGUUCGCCCAGGCCUUCGGGCCGUGCUGGCCAACCCAACGUGACCAGUGGCUCACCAAUGACUGCUGUCAAAAAGCCUGACCCCAACAUGAAGGGGGCAGCUGCCAAUGAGGGAGUGCUGGCUAACUUCUUCAACAGUCUGUUGAGUAAAAAGACCGGAUCCCCAGGGAGCCCAGGAACUGGAGCAGUUGGAGCUGGAGUGCAAGGGUCCGCCAAGAAAACAGGGCAGAAGCCGGGUUUGACUGAUGUCCAGGCUGAGUUGGACAGGAUGACUCGCAAACCGGACUCCAUGGUUUCAGCUAACAACAUACCGCCGCCGACAGAGAACGAAGCGUGAAGGCAACAAAAACAGCUGUAUCGUCCACUGCGUUAAUACUCUGGAAAAAUAAACUUGUACAUGAUGAGCUUCAAAACAGUUAAAUUGACCAAAUUCCCAAUGUCUAUAUCAGUCAGCACACAGUGGAUUCGCCAAAAUGAGUUUCAGAUGCUAUCAGAUAUUUUGGUGUUUUGGUAAGAUGGGAAGAGAGAGAUAACCAAGGUGGAGAUGAAUAUGGGAUGUUGAGGCAUGUCGAAGGCUUGGCUUUGUUUCUGUGCUCUCUUCCACUGUAAAUGUUAUUUUGUGAGGGAUGUCAGUUUAAGGUAAUGUGUGCACACUCCCUGGGAGCCAGCCAAAUGCCCUGGGCUGCAGGCCCCCCAGUUGCUGGGGUAAAACACCCUCUCCUGCUUAAAGAGUGGAAAUAUGCUGCUCCUGUGGCCUCUGGUUCAGCUAAUCUCAUGGAAGGAAAUUGGUUGCGAUUGGAAUGAUAUUUAAACUCUAAAUAUAUUCAUCAAGGAAAAUAAUUAAAAUACUUGCAAGCAUAUGUAGUAUUUAAAAAAAAUGUUGGAUAUGAUACUUAUGUAUUUAUACAAAAGUUCCUCCUUUUUAUUUUAUUUUUCUCUGCACCGUACAUGGGUUUAAAGAAACAUUCAGCUACAUCACGUAAUAUGUUAAAAUGCCACUGACGUCAUGACACUAAUAUGACAAAUCUAGAUAGCUGAUAGCGUACCAUACUAUUUGCCCCACAUUAUUGUGGGCCCAAGUCAUCUCGAACAAUUGUGUAAAUAUCAAUACAAAAAAAUUGCUGUUCACCUGUAAGUUUGGUUUUGUACAAAAUGCAGUUCUUCUAUCCAAAUUCUGAAGUGAAGUUCAUUGGCUAAAUGAGACUGGUUGGGAUUUGACAGACAUAGAAUUUGCAACAGAAGUGCUUCUUUGUUGGCUACAGGUGUUUGUGUGUAUGUUUGGGGAAGGGGUCGGGCAGCAUCUUUCCUACUAUAACUCCCAAGUGCCUCGCACAGUUAACCGUUUGUGUCAUAGUAGAGGUGCUUGUCUACAUAAGAGGAAAUGCACUGUAGCACUAUCGGUUAAAGGUUUUUGUCCAUUUCUUGUCAUCCAAAUUAUUUAUUUCGUUUUACAUUUUUCUUUUUGUACAAGCCUGUGGUCUGUAAUCUUUCAGAAGUAAAAUUUCUGUGGCCUAGUUGACAAUGUUCAGUAGAGCAAUAGAUUGAAUGCCUUCAUGUAAACUGUUAAGGCUGCUGAUAUUUAGAGGAAACCACGAGUUAGAGCAUCGGGGUCCCACAGACGAACACUUAAUGUGGUUUAAACCACUUAUUUUGCGGCCAAAAGACAAAAGUAUUUGCAAUGGUUUAAAACAAACAAAUUACCCAUAUCCUGCAAUGUUUUACAGCACUGUCUUUUUUUUAUUUUUAUCUUUUUCCACUCUGUACUUGGCAUGUCAGUUAAAACAUUCCCAGUUUCUACAUGACGUAGCUCUAGAAAUGCAUCCCUGUAGGAAAUCUGUGUUUCCAGUCAAAUCUUUUUGUUUGGUCUCUUUGAGUGCCCAUUGAAAAUGUUGACUUUGCCUUCAAUGUACAGCUAAGGAAAAAAAAAAAAAAAAAAGUCACUCUGGGCACCCUGCCUUUACACAGGAUUGCUCUUAGUUGAUUAAUCAGCCUUUGUGUCCUUAAGGGGUUGCUUAAUUGUUUGUCAUGUUUUCUGUUGAUUUUGUAACUAUAACCAUUACUGUACCAUAUCAAAUUAUCUGUAUUGUAAUUUAUGGUUUCAUGGCGCUUAUCAUAGUCUAAUCAUAGUGAAAUAAGUGCAGGUUAUUCUUAAAUCUAUAUGUAAGGCCCUAAUUAAUCCAGAUAUAGCAGCUCAGCAAUUUUCACAGAUUUCAUGGCAGACGUGAGGAGCAGCUGUUUGCUUUUCAAAAAAAAAAAAAGUGCUUGCAAAAAAAGGAAAACUGGAGUGAAUUGGAAAACCAAACCAAAGACACAAGUUACCAGUGUUUAGUUUGUAGUCACCCAUAUCAUUAACAAGCGGCCAUUUUUCUCCUGUCCUUUCAUGGAGAAAGCAUUCCAAACAUUGGACCUGGUUGCAAAUCUGGUGUGUAUACACAUCAUGAAUUAAUAAUUGUUAAUGAAUUAAUCUGAUUAAUAAAUUAAUCUGAAGUUAGAUAUUUAAGUAAAAUGAUAGAAAUACCUUACCUAACCAUGUCUGGCGUUUCACCUGUCAGAGGAAGGACUUGUACUUUAUUUUAGCAGGGUGGAUUUUCUGAUCCUGUCUGUGAACACGUUCUACUUGACAAUGCAAGUAGGGGUCAACUUUUUUUUUUUUUUUUUUUUUUUUUUUUGCUCUGUAAGGGAAUAACCACAAGACCACGCUGGUGUGCAGAGUCUACUUUAAUUUUGCAUGAUUUGAUUUGUUGUCAAAAAGAUAAUGCUAUAACUGCUCUGGAUUUUCAUUUGAUGAAAUGAAGUUCUUAUUGUUUAUUGUGUUUGGGCGGGAUAUGCACCUGAGAUCUGUUGCUGAAAUGAAUGAAGCACAAUACUAUAACAGCUGGGAGCAGCACCGCCACAUGUUGAAAUAAGCACUUUCCCUUGGACACUUGUAUCGAUUCCCUGUUGCUACAGUUAAAGAUACAGAAUGCAUAUUUUUCUUCCUGCCUUGCCUUUUAGAACAUGUAGUAAUAAACUGCUCUUAGACGUUUACCCACACAUUAAAAUUGCAUUAUUUAUCUGCAUUCUGCUGCUUCAUUAAGUAAUGGAAGGUGCCCCUGGUGGUUAACAGUUAAGAUCAAUCAAAUGUUAUAACCCUGUUCUCCUGGUAAUGUUGUGAUCUUAAUAUCGAUUCUUUUGCUAGGGAUGUUUGGGAUGUCUUCUGGGAAAUAUCCAGAUAAACCAAAUAAAUGCCCUUUAUUUUUCCAGGUUUGUCCUUUCUGCCCAUGUAAAGUACUCAUUUUCAUGUUUAAUUCCUGCAAAGACGUGUUUUGUUGUUCCUGACUAAUAUUUUGCCCAGAUAACAGUUGGUAAUAGAAUACUGUAAUGCCAAGUUAGCUCUUUAAUCUGACCUCCUACACUGAUUUAUCUUGAUGAAACAUGACCACACAUGAAUAUUGGUAUUGUGCUGAGUUGAAUGAAGUGCUCUCAUGCUGCUUUGUUUCAAAUAUGCACUUGCUUUUUGCAAGAUUCCCAAGAUUAACUAACAAACAGGUGAUGAUGAACAGUGAUUUUUUUUUUAACUCUUCAAACUUCAGUUGAAAGUGACCGCCUCUUUACAUAUUAAAUGAAUUGCCUUCAAUCCCUAUUGAGAAUAUACAUCUAUAGGAGACUAUAAGCUUCUGCUUCCAGUCCUUUUUAUUCAGGAUAUCAAGACAUUGUAACCACAUGGCUGGCUGCAUUUUGUGUCUGAAAGGAAUUCAGAAGUUUGAUUGUAUGACUUUAACACAAUGCUGUAGCCUCUGAGCUGCCAUGUGGAAUCUAGCUUCUUAUGCCGAUAAAAAUAAGGAAAAUGUCUGUCAGACCUGGCUUCAAUAAAACCAAGAAUCCAGACUUCGGUUGA